CUUGGUUUUGUGCUUGUGCUACUCACCUGGAGUUCUCUGCGUGAGAGAGAGAGAGAGCCAGAGAGGAGAGAGGCCUCUGAGUCUGAGCUGUUCCUUCAAGUAGCCGUUCCAAGAUUGGGCACGGCGAAGAGCCACUGACCACCGAGAGAGAGAGAGAGAGUAGAGGAGACCUACCUACAGUGAGAGGAGGAGGAUUUUUCUUUCUGUCAAGCUGCUCGCUUGCUUGAUUCUCUUUUGAUUCCGGAGAGCAGCCACCAGUCCAACUAAUCCGUGCUGUUCGUGCGCGUGGGAGUUCGUAGAUAGCUAUCUGUCCAGAUCUGACUCACUUGCCCGGUAGAUUCCAAGAAUCCGAGCACGAACUCGGCGGGGAGUUCUUGGAGACACAGAAAAAGGCAGGACGAAUAGGACGGUGGGGAUACAGAGACCCCGGGUGAUGCCGCCGAGGAGCUGCGCGGAGGUGAUGGUGAGAUGAGGGAGGAUGGCGGCGGCGAUGGACUACUUCAGGUCUUGCUGGGGCGCGCGGUCUCGGGCCGGACGGCGGGGCAAGAAGGGAUCGGAUUCCGCCGGCCGGCAGGACGGGCUGCUGUGGUACAAGGACGCCGGCCAGGUGGCCACCGGGGAGUUCUCCAUGGCGGUGGUGCAGGCCAAUAACCUGCUGGAGGACCAGAGCCAGGUGGAGUCCGGCUCGCUCUCCAUGGCCGACCCCGGACCGCAGGGCACCUUCGUCGGCGUCUAUGAUGGCCAUGGCGGCCCGGAGACGUCCCGGUUCAUCAACGACAACAUGUUCCAUCAUCUCAAGAGAUUUGCAACUGAACACAAGUGCAUGUCAGCAGACGUGAUCCGGAAAGCUUUCCAAGCAACUGAGGAUGGCUUCCUUUCUGUAGUCACCAAGGAAUGGGCUAGGAAGCCUCAGAUUGCAGCAGUAGGCUCCUGCUGCCUAGUCGGCGUAAUUUGCUCCGGGAAUCUCUACAUCGCGAAUGCCGGCGACUCGCGCGCGGUCCUCGGAAGGAUCGUCAAGACAACUGGUGAGGUCGUGGCCAUGCAAUUGUCGGCUGAGCAUAAUGCGUGCUACGAGGAAGUUAGGCGGGAGCUGCAGUCAUCACAUCCUGAUGAUCCACAAAUCGUGGUUCUCAAACACAACGUUUGGCGUGUGAAGGGUCUCAUCCAGAUCUCGAGAUCUAUAGGAGAUGUAUAUCUGAAAAAACCAGAGUUUAACAGAACACCUCUUCAUAGCAAGUUUCGGCUCCGGGAAACAUUCAAGAAGCCAAUUCUUAGUUCUGAACCUGCAAUUACUGUACACCAAAUACAACCGAAUGAUCAGUUUGUUAUAUUUGCUUCUGACGGGCUAUGGGAGCACCUCAGUAAUCAGGAAGCAGUUGAGCUUGUCCAAAGUAAUCCUCGUAAUGGGAUCGCUCGGAAACUGGUUAAAGCCGCGAUGCAAGAAGCAGCCAAGAAGAGGGAGAUGAGAUACUCGGACCUCAAGAAAAUCGAGCGUGGGGUGCGGCGCCAUUUCCACGACGACAUAACCGUUGUCGUAGUUUUCCUCGACGCGAACGCCAUCAGCAGACCAGGGUGGAGCAAGAGCCCGUCGGUCUCAGUCCGUGGUGGCGGUGUGAGCGUCCCCUCGAACUCCCUCGCGCCGUUCUCGGCACCCACCAUGCUAAGCAGCACCUACUGAAGAAGCAGAAGCCGUUCCGAAAAGAAAAGAAAAAUGGGCAUCUCCAGAGUGUGCAAUGCAGAUGUGGAGAUGAGAACAGUUGCUAGGAGGAUCUAGCCUGUUGCUCCUGUAAGACUGCUUAUUAGGCUGCUCCACCCGGUAAUUAGUGUACUGAUAGGCAAGGUAUAAGAUUAGAUUAUUCCUUAGCAAUGCAAUCCUCUCUUUUUUAUUCUUAACCCUUUUUCUCUUCCACCCAUAAGAGAACAGGUGGCUGUAAAUUUGUCCAGAACAUCUUUUCGCAAUAGUCCAUCACAUCUCUUUUCCUUUUCUUA